UCAAUUCUACAACCGCAAGCUUUGCAAGUGUUUACAAUCAAAGCAACGUGCAUUUUUCAAAGAUUACGUCUAUUUUUGAGUAGAAAUUGCACAGAAAGUUUCAAAAACAAUCUAUUUAUAAUCACCACUCAGAAUGGCAUCUGGGCUGGAGAAUUACGUGAACCAAACAGUGUCGGUUAUAACAUCGGACGGGCGCAACUUCAUCGGUACCCUAAAAGGAUUCGAUCAAACCAUCAAUAUUAUUUUAGAUGAAUCCCACGAAAGGGUGUUUUCAUCGUCAACAGGAGUAGCACAAGUUGUUCUUGGACUGCACAUUAUAAGAGGAGACAAUAUUGCCAUAGUUGGACAAAUUGAUGAAUCAAUAGACAGUCGACUUGAUUUAGGUAAUAUCAAAGCAGAACCUCUCGGACCUAUAGUACACUAAUGUAAUUACUUUAGUCAUAAUAAAUAGUUUUUAUACAACAUGUU